AUGCGCUCCUUAUUGCUGUCACUUGUCAUUUUAUUUCUCCUCUCUGCAUGUCUUGUGAAUGCUCAGAAACAAAUCUAUGGAGAAAACAUUCCACUCGAUCCACCCUACGAUCUACAAUAUUUCAUUUCCUAUUACUUCCUUCCACCCUUCACCACUUAUUACUGGAGUCAACCCUACGCCUAUCAAUUUCAACAAUAUUAUACUCAGCAACAACCUUAUUAUUAUCAAUUCCAAUACAAUCCACGACCUUAUUAUUAUAAUACUGGUCCUUAUUCGUAUGGAAAUUAUCCUCAAUUUGAAAAAGAAGAAUAA